UCAAAAAUGCGUGCCCAGCAUAAGCGCUUAUGCCACCCGUCUGUCGCCAGAACAUUUCGAGAGAUAUUUGGAUAAAAUAUCCCUAGUGGGUAAUGUUGAUCCUUACCUAAUGCACAUGAACUCCAGCCACCUUCCAAAAUCUAUAUCAUAUGAGUCCAUAAUCAAUUAUGCACUUUACAAGCAGUCAUCUUUUUCCGGGAAAGCAUAUCAUUGUUUUAAAGCAAUGUUAUCCAAAAAGACCUUCGAAAGCGGAUUAAUAAAAGUUCUUGAGGGAAAGCAAGUGGAGCAGUUAUAUGUAGUAAGAGGAAGGGUGCUACAUUCGAUGAGCUUCAACGAGUCUCCUCUAACACCUUGGGUAAUAGUCCGUGAAGACAAAGUACUUUGCGCCCAUUGCGAUUGUGUGGCAGGUCUAGGAGAAGUGUGUUCACACGUUGGGGCAAUCCUGUACGCACUUGUGUAUUUGAACCAUUCAGAUGCUAUACAAUCAGAAGCGCCGCUUGCAGUCACUUCAAUGGAACAACAGUGGGGUAGGCCUAGAAAAAAUAUUACCGCUAAUCUUCAACAACCACUAAUCCACAUUGAAUACGGAUAUAUGCGACACAGUGUCGAUGCUAGCUACGGGGAGGUGCCUUCAAUGUCAACCGGAGAAAUAAGAAAUAUGUGUGAAGAACUACUUCAACAGGGUUAUUCAUGCGUGACUAUGCAAGCUUUAUGUAAUACUUCUUCGAAAUGCCACAGAUGCCAAGAUUCAACACUUGAUCGCUUUUAUGAUUCAACUCGAUUACUUCUGAAUAAUUUGAAAAAAGAAGAACACAUGAAUAAGCCGAUUGAACGGUUGCGUUAUGAAGCUUUAAGGUGGAACGGGACACGAUUAGCCAAUGGCAGUGUAACGAAUGGAAGCUUCUUAGAGUUGGCAGAAUAA